ACCAUAAAGUUAGACGCUGCGUUCAGAAUUCAACAGAGACGGAGUUCUUGCGUUCAUUCUGUCAAACAGAGGACAAAAUUUUACACGAAUAUGAGUCUGGAUCCGUCUACAGGAGUUCCAUUUAUUGAGCUGGAACUUCACAAGGAUGGUUCAAAGCUAGGCUUCAGUGUCGUGGGAGGUAUUGAUCAGGAUAGUUCUAAGAACCCAUUCAUCAAAAAUGAUCAGGGUAUCUUUGUUUCAAGAGUUGCUGCAGGAGAGCCAGCCGAGAAGGCAGGUUUGCAAGUUGGUGAUAAGUUAUUGGAGGUAAAUGGAUACGAUCUUACCAUGGCAACGCAUCGGCAUGCAGUCAAGAUCCUCACAAAGGAGAAGUACUCUAUUCUUAAGAUGAAAACGACGCGCCAAGGACUGAUGAGAAGCUAACCACCUCUAUUACACCCUCCGCAUCCAACCCAUCCACACUGUUGACUAUGUCCAUCCAAUCAGCAUACGUCAUGGGGGAAUCCCCUCCACAGGAAGGGGAUUCACCUUU